UGGGAGGAGUGACGGCAGCGGCGGCUGUGAGGGAAGAUGGCGGAGGCGGCGGCGGCGGUGCAGCAGCACCGGUUCUUUUGCCACAGCUGCAAGGGCGAGGUCAGCCCCAAGCUGCCGGAAUACACCUGCCCUCGCUGUGAGUCCGGCUUCAUCGAGGAAGUCACUGAUGAUUCCAGUUUUUUUGACAGCAAUUCCCUGGAUGACAGCCCCUCCUCUCAGUUCUCAGAGCUCUGGGACCACCUGGACCACACCAUGUUCUUCCCGGAUUUCCGGCCCUUGCUGAGCAGCAGCUCGCUGGAUGCAGAGCCCAGGGACGUGGACAGGGGUCCCCCGGGAGAGCUUUGGGGUCCCAGCCGCCCCCCACGGCUGCCCAUGCCCCGCAGGUACCGGGCACGGGGCAGCUCCCGGCCGGAGCGCUCGCCGGCCAUCGAGGGGAUAAUCCAGCAGAUCUUUGCCGGCUUUUUCGCCAACUCAGCCGUUCCUGGCUCGCAGCACCCCUUCUCCUGGAGCGGGAUGCUGCACUCCAGCCCCGGCGAUUACGCGUGGGGACAGAGCGGCCUCGACGCCAUCGUCACCCAGCUCCUGGGCCAGCUGGAGAACACAGGACCCCCCCCAGCAGACAAGGAGAAGAUCUCGUCGCUCCCAACGGUGCCGGUGACGCAGGAACAAGUCGACACGGGGCUGGAGUGCCCGGUGUGCAAGGAGGAUUACACCGUGGCCGAGCAGGUGCGGCAGCUCCCCUGCAACCACGUCUUCCACAGCAGCUGCAUCGUGCCCUGGCUCGAGCUGCACGACACGUGUCCGGUGUGCAGGAAGAGCCUCAAGGGCGAAGAUUCCAGCAGGCAAAUCCCAAGCGCCGGCGCCUCCGACAGCCCAGUGCAGGAGAGAUGGACAUUCUGACCCUCCUGGCAAAGGUUCUGCAGCGUUCCAGAAGGUUCCAGGGCCGUCCCAGCUCGAGGGGUGCGUUGAGAAUUCCACCAGACCCCCCCCAGUAGCAGGAAUUAGGGGGCCCCACCCUGUGGGAUCGCAGCACCGAGCGCUCUCCUCCCAGGAAUUUUUCCUUCUGCUCCACGGAAUUGCCUCGUUAGCCCUAAGUUGGGAAGGUUUUUGGGAGUGUUUUGGGUUCAUUUUUUUUGUAUCAGAAAAGGUUUUUUUUUUUUUUUUUUUUUUUGUUUCCAGUAGGGGCCCGAUCCGAAGAGGGGUUGCAUCCCUCGUAGCCUUCUCUGGAAAAAGGUUGGGAUCGAAAAAGGGGAUUUUUGGGAUCUUCCUGCACUCCAGGAGGUUGGAGUUGGAGCCACGAGAGAUUUUAUUGCCCCAGUUUGGGAUGGGAUCCUCGGGGGUCUGUGAAAUCAUGGCAGGUGGAAGGAGGAAGGUUCUGGAAGCCUCAG